GUUUGCUUUCAAGGCUAACACAUUAUUUUCAGCUGCAGCACGGAGUCUGAUUCCAUCCUCGGAUAGCUUUUUUUUCCUGAGGGUUAUCGUUUUACAAUUUAAAAAGUAUCUAUUGCUUCAAAUCUUCGGCCUCAUUGCAAUUUUUAUGUGAGCAGAGGUUUGAUACCCAAUGGUCACUGGCGCAAACUUUAAAUACUUGUAAAACGCUCAGGUUUUAAACAAGAUUUUCUUUUAUAUUUUGCAUUUGCACAACUAAUUUACUUUUUUUUAAAUCAAAAAAAGAAACUACUGUAUUUUCUUUCUCUGUGGUGUCUGUUCCUAUGAAUGCAGUGGGUUCUGUUGCAGCGAUGAACAGCUGUCUUUGGUCUCUGCUGGUGGGGGCUUCGUUGCUCCUGUCCGGCUGCAAGGCAGCCCCGCAGCCCGCACUAUCCCGGGGCACAGCCCAGCCCGUGUGUCGGCAACGCUGCGACGUGUCCGUGUGCCCCAGCCCCAGCUGCCUGCAUGGUUAUGUGAAGGACGCCUGCCACUGCUGCCUGGUGUGCGCCGCCGCCGAGGGCCAAGCCUGCGGGAGAGCCCACGAUGUAGAUUGCGGCGAUGGGAUGCAGUGCAAGCCCCUCUUUGGCAAGCGUGCGGCCAAGGGGCCCGGCGUCUGCCGCUGCAAACUCAACUACAAAGUGUGCGGCGGCGACGGCAAAACCUACGACAACUUGUGCAAGCUCAAGUCAUCCAGCCGGAGAGCCCUGCAGCUGAAGCUGCAAGCGGUAGUACAAGUUCACAAAGGUGCAUGUGAACCAGAUCAUUCACAUCCAAACAGUCUAAGAUAUAAAUUCAAUUUUAUAGCGGAUGUGGUGGAAAAGAUUGCACCUGCAGUUGUUCACAUUGAACUAGUUUUAAGGCAUCCACUGCUGAGACGAAACAUCCCAUUGUCAAGUGGUUCUGGUUUUAUAAUAUCAGAACGUGGGUUAAUUGUGACCAAUGCCCAUGUGGUAGUACCCACUAAUAAUGUUAUGUCAGGUCAACAAAUGAUAAAAGUGCAAGGACACAAUGGAAAAACCUACGAGGCAACAAUAAAAGAUAUUGAUACAAAGGCUGAUAUAGCAACAAUAAAAAUUAAUUCCAAGAGAAAGCAACAUGUGCUACCGCUAGGUCGGUCAGCUGAACUCCGACCAGGAGAAUUUGUAGUUGCAAUUGGAAGUCCUUUUGCUUUGCAAAAUACAGUAACAACAGGGAUUGUCAGCUCUGCUCAGAGGGAUGGAAGGGAACUAGGUCUAAAGGACUCGGACAUGGACUACAUACAAACAGAUGCCAUAAUCAAUUACGGGAACUCUGGAGGCCCAUUGGUGAAUUUGGAUGGGGAAGUUAUAGGAAUAAAUACAUUGAAGGUGGCAGCAGGAAUAUCAUUUGCAAUUCCAUCAGAUCGCAUUGCAAAAUUUCUUACUGAUUUUCUGCAUAAACGAACCAAAGAAGUCACAGGUGUGAAGAAGCGGUUCAUUGGUGUGAGGAUGCUGAUCUUAACUCCUGCCCUAAUAAAAGAAUUGAAGAAAAAGAACUCUGAUUUUCCUGAUAUCAACACUGGCAUCUAUGUACAUGAAGUGAUUUUAAACUCUCCUGCAUACAGGAGUGGAAUCCAGAAUGGAGAUGUUAUUGUUAAAGUAAAUGGGAUACCCUUGAAGACAACAAAUGACUUGCAGGAAGCAGUGAAGAAUGAAUUUCCUCUGUUGCUUGAGGUUCGCAGGGGAAAUGAAGACAUACUUUUUAACAUUGAGCCUGAUUUAAUUGACUAAAACAUGGCCAGCAUAGUUAACCCUUUCCGGUCAGGAAUGAUCGCAAUUUCUGUUUUCUUUGCUGAGGGCCAAUAAAGCUGCUUGAACAGAGAGUAAAGUGUUUACUAUGUAACCGGUCAUCUGGAGAGAGGCAUUCUUCCGGUUGCAUCCCGCUGGAAAGGGUUUAUAAAAGUACCUUAGAUUGGAAUUUUAGUACAGGUACUUGCAAGUGAUAAAUGCUAUUCUUCUCAUUCUUUUCUUCAAUUUACGUCAAUGGUUUAGGAAUUAUUAUUGGAGUGAAAUUACUUAACAGUGCAGGACACGUCUAUUUACCUGAUGCAGUAAAGGUUGCUCCUCUGUAUUACACAUUGCUGUAUGGAUAAAUGCAUUCAUUCUCUUCCACAUCUGCCUUGGAAAUUAAGGAGCCCAUUUUGGACUGCCCCUGCCGAGCAGAAACCAGAUGGCAGGGGUGAAGUGGCAGUUACAAUGAAGGUUGUUAUUUAACUCCUUGGAAAACCCCACCUUCCUGUUCAGUCCCAAUCUCAACACAUUUUUUUUAACAUAACAUUAAUAGCUUAAACCUAAUGGGUUUAUUUGAUUAAUCGGUGGUCUUGUUUAAAAGACCAAGGAGAGAACUAGUGGCUGCUUUCCUAUCCAGUAAUCUGGCUGAGGGAUGAAUUGUGGACAGAAUUUGCCAAUCGGUAAGUUUCAGUGUUUUGUCUUGGGCUUCCUCGUGGACCAGAGGCCUCACAAAGAAGCCAUUUAGAUGCCAGAGUAUAUUAAUCACCCGCCUUUGAUUGUCUUCAGUACUCCCACAAUUUAUUACCUCUUCAAUAUCUCUGCCCCCUCAAUCAUUUCCAUCAUUUCUCAUUGACUGUCCCCAGUUGGUCCUGCAACCUGUACCUUUACUCGUAGAUGAGAACCAUCCACGCAGGUUUCUGGAUGUGACCUCUUGUGCCAAAUUUAACUCCUGUUCACACAGGUCAUGGUUAGAUGGGCUAUCACAUCACUGAGCAAGCAGGUACUCUGUCCAUUUUGGGGCAUGUAUGCAUCAUACCGGCCCUGCUUGUAGAACUGUGGUCUAUGCCUUGAUGCACCAUUUGAAAGAUGCUGUUGCAUUUGUCUCAUUUGCGCAUCGUGGCAUGGGGAAGUGGUGGAAUCAAAUUUGUUUUAAAUAUUAAAGUUCCAUCAUGUUAAAAUUCUAGUUUAUUAACUUUAGGUUGGUAUAGUGGUAGAGUGACAGAUCUGGGUUCAAUCCUGACCCCAGUGCUGUCUGUGUGGUGUUUGCAUUUUUUUUCCCCCUAUGAUCACGUGGGUUUCCUCCCACAUCUCAACGAUGUGUAGGUUUAUAGGUUAAUUGGCAUCUAUAAAUUACCCCUAAUAUGUAGACAGUGGAUGAAGAAAAAGAAUAACACAGAACUAGUGUGAAUGGGUGAUCGAUGGUUGGCUUGGACAUGGUAGGCCAAUGCACCUGUCUCCAUGCUGUAUCAUUCCAUUCCAUUCAAUUCAAUUGUUGUAAAGCACAAAACUGGUACAGGUUGCAAAGGGUUACAUUCCUAUUCCUCUGGCAAAUCGUAGAUUUAGAAAACAUAUUUUUAAAUAUACUUUAAAUAAUGACCAUAUAGUAUUUUAUAUUGAAACACAAUUGAAUUGUUAACUGUAACUGAGAGUUAUUCUGUGCACAGAAAAAAAGUAUCUACAGAAAAUGUGAUGUAUUUGUAACCAUUCAUAAAGUAGCAUGCUUUUGAGUAACAAAUGGAUACUACAAUGCAUAGAGAAGAUAUACAGGUACUUCCUAAUGUGAUGCAGUAAUCAGUUAAGACAGGUUUAAGUUGUCAUGGAGUUAUUGUGAACAAUUAAACUGCCACCGCUUUAUAAAAGCAUCAACCAAAAAUAAUAAAUCUGCAGUGAUUGGAGAAUG